GUAACAGUACUACCUGUACAGCGUAGCGCCCUUUCUCAUUCGCAAAAAAGACAGACAAGAAUUUACAGCCCGAAGGCGACGGCGAGGAUGAUGCCAUCUACACAUAUCCAUCGUUAUGAUGAUCAUCAUCAACAUGAACCGCAGCAGCAUCGGGCACGCCCGUCAGUACGUUGGCUGUCUGGAAGUGCUUACGUCGAUGAAGAGUUUAGACUUCGACACGCGUACGCUUAUAGCCAAAGAAUGUAUCGUGCGUGUAUGUGAGUCGGCUGGUCUUCGAUCAGCCGAUAGAAAACGAAAAAUCGACAGGCGACUUAAUCGCGUUCUGGCAGAAAAACCCAUUAUGGAGCACGCAGGAGCAAAUGUGUCACUCCGAAUCAACUCAUCAUCUCUCUCGCUAACGGACCUUGAAACAAACCAGUCGGUGGCGUCGCAUUCGAUGCCUAACAUCAGCUUCGCUUCAGGAGGAGAUCAGGAUACGCUGGACUUCGUUGCAUAUGUCGGUAAAGAUGCGAGACAGUCACGUGCAUGCUUUGUUCUCGAGUGUGGUGGAGGACUCGCUCAGGAAGUUAUUGCAACUAUUGGACAGGCAUUUGAAUUAAGAUUUCGUGAAUUAAUGCGCCGCUCGCCUGUGGUCCAAGGAAGCAACUGCGCAACAAGUUCAGGAAGUGGCAGCGGUCCUGCAGCCCCGCCGUUUGUACCAUUACCCCCAAAAGAUCCUGAUUAUUAUAACGAUCUUCCUGGAAAGACCCCACCGGAGCAUCACCGGCCUCUUCCAAUGUCUAACGUCGUUUCCGCUGCGCCGCCUAGUGGCGAUGGCUCGAGUCCCAUCAAUAACAACAAUACGGCUGCAAUGAAGCCAAGCGGCGACAACUUGAUCGAUUUCGAAAACUCUGACCCUAUCCCAGAUCAUCCAGCGCCGCCACCCAAUCAUGAAUACGUGAAUCAGUCAAUUAUCAACAAUACCUUGGAUGUAUUCGACAUGAGACCAAUGGAUCAGGUCCUUUCUCCAGCAACAUCGACCCUAACGCAACAAUCUGGAACGCAAUCUCAAAUACCGAUAACUGGACCCCCCCAACAGAUUGCUCACAUUGCAGCUGACACUGGAGAGACGCAGACGUUGUCACAGGCCCCUGAUUCAAAUCAGGCCCCGCCGCCUUAUGUCGUUGCCUCCAUCGAACAACAUUUACUUAUGGAGCCUUGGUAUCAUGGUGCAAUUUCACGGGCUGAAAGCGAAAAACUCUUGGCACGUGACGGAGACUUCCUUGUACGCGAAUCACGAGGACAGCGUGGCCAGUUCGUCCUCACAGGAUUGCAAGCAGGACAAGGUCGACACUUACUCCUAAUUGAUCCGCAUGGAGUGGUUCGGACGAAGGAUCGCACGUUUUCAAGUGUCUCCCAUCUGAUUCAUUUCCACCGGGAUAAUCAACUGCCAAUUUUGUCUGCAGAUUCCGCUCUAUUGCUUGUACGGCCGAUUAUGCAUAGCAAGUUCGCUGGACCAGUAGGAGCUACAGGAAAUAGUACGCACGGCGCUUCGAUGACUUCAACGAUUCAUUCAAGUCAACCUUCUUGAAUUGUCGACGAAAAUCCUCUAGUCAGAGCGAGUCACAAAUAUCAAUAGCACGAAGCACGCUAUAACCAAUUUGUCUAUGCAUUCCUACUAACCCGAGCAUAAAGAUGGGAAGGCUGUUAUUCAGUGCGACGCUAGUUAUACGCAUUCAAAUGAAGUACACGCGAUUACGCUAGCAACCAAACACGACACAUCUAGGCGUGGUGAGAUAGCACUACAGAUAGAUACCGUGUAAUUCAUAUAUCACCGAGGUCGUCGUGCCCCGACUAGCUCGAUGCAGAAUUGUAGGGCGAGACAAAGGCGCUUUUUGCACUGGAUCUAUUCGAAAUACACGAAACGCGAGCGACACAGCUUAUGCUUAUGUCUACGCUGAGUUGUGGCAAGCGUCUUACCCUGUCUAUUCAAAGUGAUUUCACUACUUUUAGUCUUGUUUUUACAGCCCAUGGCAUCGACCCGUAUUAGGGGUGUAUCCCAGCAGCGUCUUAAAGCUAAGCGACAUUUCUACGCAGAUGCCUAUGACCUGCAAUGAAAUGAAUAAAUACAGUCUCUGGCCUCAAAACUAGAAAUGCAGCGUCUUGAUCCGUUGCUGGACGAAUGCAAAGUUUUCAUCUACGCAAUUAUUCACAGAGAAACCCAGAUACACUGAUAAUGAUAACGGCAAAAUCAAUAGAGUAACAAGAAUCAAUAGUAGCAAAACUUCGGUAGUAACCAGUAAACGAAGACUAUGCACAGGAAUAUACAGGAAGUCCAUUCGGAUCCAUGUUGUUGUAAUGAUCUUCAAUACGAUGUAUCUUUCAAUAUAUGAAUAUAUGGGUUUAAACACUAUUUCCUAUAGUAGGUAAGAUAAAAUAGUAGAUGUGAAUACAUUUUAACGAUAGGUGUUUUCAUAAAUUCCUAUAGCACUUAUUGCGGAUGAGCUCACAUGUAAAAGAUCGGCCUCGAUUCGUGCUAUUACUGUCAUAUUGAAGUACGCGAACGAUUUGUUCAUAUAUUAUACUCAUAUACAUGGCAAAUAUUAAUCAUUGUAAAAGAUUUAGGAGGUUAACAGCAUCAAAAAUACUUACAGUGUUAUAAUAAAAGCCGCAUUCUCUAGAAACAGGUUGGGAUAGCGGUGGCGUUUUUGACACGAUUCUGCGAUUCGAUCUCACCGUCGUAACCACUAAACUGGAUGGAAGACAACUAUAACUUUGAAAUAUAUGCUAGCUUUUCUCUACGUUGCUGGAAAGAAAAAAAAAACUCGAAAGCAGUUCUUCGUUUAUAGCCUGCAUCAUCUUUUUAGAAUUAAACAUGCGUCCGACACAAAACGUUACGGCAAUAGGCAGCAAUUGUAUUAUUAUGCCUCAUUCCCGCGAUUAAAAACAACGAAAAACAUAUCAACAAACCUACCUACUCAUCUGUUUAUCACGAUCUGGCUCUAGAUGACAAAGAAUAGCUAGGCAUAAUAUCAAUUAGCAGUUUUUUUUACAUAUAUUAGAAGCCACGAAGUAAUUAAUAAUAUUAUUAAGUAUAAAAUUACUCAUGAAAACAAAAUAAGAAAUACUCUAGUGGCAAAUGAUCAGUUACAUGGCAGAAAGAAUAGGUCUACUGUAACAGAUGAUAAUUGCGGCGUCAGGCCGAGAUUGAAAGUCUAACAUACACCACGCAUGUGAAUAUCAUCAUAUGUAAACGACUACUGUUAAGUAUGUGCGUAUUUUAGAAA